UAACGUCAGUUACUAGCUUCAGCAGACAGAUAACAGAUGUGCAGAGUUCAGCUUCCUCGGGACAAGCAUGGACACAGAGCUGUCAAGAGCAGAAGUGAACAAACUGUGGAGCUACAGCCGAGGCGGGGCGAGAUUUGUCGACAGCGGGUUUUCUCUGUGUGCUCUGUCUCUAUAACAUUCUCGCCAACAUGCCUCAAGCAUGACAAUAAACUGGUUUAGCUGGGUGACGGGGGGAAAGCAAUGUAACAGAAAACUUUCGACAAGUCCCACCUGGACUAGAAGAACGGCGCAGUUGUGGCGGAGAACAUAGCGAGGAAGGCAAGAUGACUGGCUUAAAGUUUAACCGACGAAAAGCUUGACGACUAGAUAUCACAGGACUACAGUAUGGCGCGUCGCUCUCAGUGUUCCUCUGCUGGGGAUAACCCUCUGGACCCCAACUACCUCCCUCCUCACUAUCGGGAAGAGUACCGCUUGGCUAUUGACGCACUGAUUGAGGAGGACUUGGAGGGAUACUAUCAGUUCCUCCAAAACGCAGAUGUGGUGGACUUCCUGUCCUCACCUGAGCUUCAUUAUAUUCAGAGCUCUGUUCAGGUCCCUGAGCAGAGCAGCCAUCCAGAACGACCUUUUCUAGAGACUGGGGUAGAUGGCUCCUCAGACACUUAUUGGCCGAUUCACUCUGACCUGGACGCCCCAGGUUUGGACCUUGGCUGGCCUCAGCUGCAUCACUUCAUUGGGGUCCCCACAGAGGUCACCACUCUGGUCAACCCCCCUGAGCCUGACAUGCCAAGUAUCAAGGAGCAGGCCCGACGACUUAUCAAGAAUGCUCAGCAGGUGAUUGCUAUAGUGAUGGACAUGUUUACUGAUGUUGACAUGUUUGCGGAUAUUCUCAAUGCUGCCAAGAGGAAUGUUGCCGUCUACAUUAUUCUAGACAAGCAGAAUGCACAUCACUUCGUCAACAUGGUGUCCAACUGCAGGGUCAAUCUCCAGAGCAUUCAAUUUUUACGUGUGAGAACAGUGUCUGGCAUCACGUAUCACUGCCGCUCAGGGAAGUCCUUCAAAGGUCAGAUGAUGGAUCGCUUCUUGUUGACAGACUGCAGGGCUGUGCUGAGUGGAAACUACAGCUUCAUGUGGUCUUUUGAGAAGCUCCACCGCUGUAUGGCACACCUUUUCCUUGGACAGCUUGUAUCGACCUUUGAUGAAGAGUUUCGUAUUCUGUUUGCUCAGUCCCAACCGCUGAUGAUUGAAAAUGUGGUCGCUCCAAUGGAAGAUUUUAGCCUUUUACAAAAGAGGCAGUUCACAAGUGAAAUAACUUCACUGUACAGAGAGCCAAGGAAAUUUCUAUCAUUGGACACCGCUCAUCCAGAGGAAUGGGCAAGACAUUCCUAUGAUGAACGUAUGGAUAUGGAUUGGAGAAUGAUGCCCCUUAAAAGGCAGGAAUCCUUGCACGGCCCUGCAGAUAUGUACAGCAGGUUUCCAUCCAAGCAAUCAUGCAUGGAUCCGUCUUUUGAUCAGGGCCCCUCCAGGAUGCCUAUGAAGGAAAAUCCUGCCUUCCAACGUCACAGUUAUGCUGAAGGUGUUCAUGCUAGAUAUUCUUACCCAUUCCUGCAGCAACAGGGAAUGCCAGAACCUGAGAACCAGGGAAGUCAGUUUCACAGGGGGCAGCUGCUGUAUCCAGGACCAGGAACAGAAAAAGAAGCAGAUUACAGUGGCUAUGACAAGUUCUGGAACCAAGACUAUCAUUCAGCAGAUCAAUAUUCUGAACCUGGAUUACCACAAGAGAUGGGACCACCUGAUAACUUUGACCCUGUGCUUAACUAUUUAUCAUCUACCAGAAAUGUAGACUUUGACCAGGGCUCAGAGAAAUUACCACCUGCAGCAGAUUUACCAUUUAGUUCAUCUCACCCUAGAAGAUUGAGUUUAGGCCAGCUAUAUGCCUGUCAAACGUCUCCCACCCCCUCAAAUCCAACUGAUCAGAAGCAGUUUUUCCAGGAGCCUAACACUGUCCACAAGGAUCCUAUGGUGAAACAGGGGCUAAGAAACUGGAGGAUUAGGUCAUACCUCAGUGCAUAUGAUAAUCAAGGAGAUGAAGGCCUGCCAUCGGUGCCACCUAAUGCACCAGAUCCUUUUGAAGAGCCCUCUAACCUCAUACAGCAAACAGCACCAGGCAUAGAUUUAUCAGUCCCUAAAAUCACUAAUGUCAGAGAGUUUAAGGUUCCUACAAUACCCAGGGCAAGUCAGAUGCCAAGUUAUGCCAAAACCACUGCACGAGAGCAGACAAAGAAAUUGCCUGAUGAACCUACUGCACUGGCAGCAGAAAUCAAAAUACCAACACCUUUAGAAUCAUCAUCCACAACUGAAGGGGAAAAGACAGAGGAGGCCGAGCAAAAGGAACCAAAAACUGCUGUUGUUCAAAGGGAGGACUCGUUCCGUAGAAAAUACAAUGCAGCAGUACAGAGGAGCUCUAGGUUAAGGUCCUCUCUGAUAUUCAGCUCUCUGGAGCAGCAGCAUACUUCUCAAGAUACCAAAACUGCUCCAGGCCAACAGGAUCAGGAAAGUGACAAAAAUGAGGCCGAACAGACAAAACUGCCUUUUGUUUCUCAAGUUUUGGGGAAAAAGAGGUCUAGAGAACCAUUUGAAUGGAGCCGUUACAUAAGGUCAGCCACUUUUGAUAACUCUGCCACUGACUCAUCCAAACCAGGUGAUGGAAACAGUAAAGCAGAUGAUAAAGAUUCAUCAAAGGACGAAAAUUCAAAGGAUCUUUCAGAAAAACAUGAAGUACAAGAGUUAUUAAAACUGCCAGAUGUAGAGCAAGCACCAUCUUCACCAUCAAUGCCCCAAUCCAAGCCUUCUGAAGCUGAACAGCCAAAAACUGAUCAACCAACACAACCACCCAAAUCUUUGCUCACCAGUCCAUUGUAUGUAGAUAUGAGUGAUCCUGAUAAGAGGCUCAUGUUUUUCAAAGAGUUGGCAGCAAAACGCAAAUCUGCCAAGGCUGCAGAAGCUAAAAAGAGCAAAGAGAAGGUUCCAAUGAAACCACCAACUGAACUAAAAAACAAUACUACUGUUAAAAAGGAGGAACCUGUACCAAAAGAAACCUCAGAAAAGAUGGCUGAUACUUCAGCAUCUGAGGGUUUAUCGGAAAAAAAUGCUACUGCAGAGGAUGCAGGAAAAACAGAAUCUACAGAUGCAUGCGAGUCAGUCAGUCUAUCUUUAGAUGGCAGUGAUAAGAUUACCAAAGAGGACAGUCUGGUCAAGAAUGAUCCCAAUAACUCCCAAAGCUGUAAAGAAGAACAAACCAGAGAUUCAGAGAAGAUAGAGCUGAAGAACAGCCAGUCUGCAGCAACUCUGCCUGUUUCUGCAGAAACAGAAGCACCUCAGAGCAAACCACCAGAAGAACCAAAACUGUCAAAUUCUGCUGUAACAAAGAGUAGCCCCGGUCAUCCACCUACACCAACAAAUGCUACUCCUGCUAAUGUUCCUUCUCUUGCACAAGUUACUGCUGAAAGGGAAAGCCCAUGCCUUGAUUCUACCUUAAAGCACACUAGCUCACACAUUUCCAAUCCAGUGGAGGUAGCACCAUCUUCUGCAUUUUCUGCAUUGGAUUCUAACACCCAAAAUCCUGAAUCAGUUCAGUUAGAAACCAGCAUCUCCUCUUCUCCACAGCUAUCUGAACAGCACACUGGAUCAGAAUUCAGCUCUUCUAACCCAUCAGUACAAAGCUCUUCCUCUGAUCACAUUCUGCCAGAUUCUGGUUCACAGAUCAGUCCAAGUCCUUCACUCUCUAGUUCUGUUCCUCUUUCCACUCCAGCAGAGCCCAUAUCUUUUAUUGUUACCCCAGAUGACUCAAGCUCAGCCCUAACUUCCAGCAUAUUGUCCCCAAAUGCACAGGAAUCUGUCAGCCCCCCACCAGGAGAACCCUCCAAAUCAGUUGAGGAAACUUCGGAAAAAUCUACAGCUUCUUCUAUCAGCCAAACAGAAUCUACCCAAGCUCAUCUAGAUUCUGUUUCCCAAUUGACGUCACCUGAGACCCCUUCAGCAGUUGACUCUGCACAAGUGGAAACUGAUAUUUCUCCUGGCACAUAUGCUGCUGAUUCAGAGCCAAACACAUCCUCAUUACAGUCCACUACAAAGACAGACUCUGAAGAAUCUUGUGCUCCUACACCUUCAGAAAAAGAUGCUGAAUCAGAAAACCACAAGGGUGUGGGAGAAGAAUGUGAGGUUCUUGGAUUAUCAAAGGAUGUCAAAGCUGAUAGCACACCUCCUGGCCUUAGCCCUUCAUUGCCUGAGUCAUGUUUACCUAAUGUAUCUGAUCUGGAAAGUAAAUCCAGAUCUGAUCAAAAUGAAACUAUUACUCCUACCCCCUCCCCAGCAGACCUUCCACCUGAGCAUUCCACAGCAGAAACAAGUUCUCCUGUCCAUCCAGGCUUUACUCCUAUUGCUUCCCAGUCAGAAACAGCUGCAUCUCCUCAAGAUGUACCAAUACAAGCGACCCUUCCCUCCGAACUUAAUCUGCCAGGACCUGUCACUCCCACUCCUGCUGAAAUAGUAUCAUGUUCUUCUCCUCUAAUUGAGUCAGUUGGUGUAGUUUUGUCCCCUAAGACUGAAAAAACAUUGUCUGCAUUGCACAGCCCCUCAGACAAGAACUCUCUUCCCAAGCAGGUUACAACAGACUCAAAUGAAACUCCAAUGCUCCAAUCAACAGAAACUUCUAGCCCAACUGAGCCUACCUCAGAAGUCCCACCAGAGCCUGAUCUGCCAUGCAAAACACCUGAAUCUGUGACUUCUGAAACCCACCCUUCAGAGCCACCUGUACCUGCUGAAAAUAGUAGGAUGGACAGUCAGAAUGAAGUAAGCAAAGAGCCUGAAAUGCCUGACAAUGGUGAGAAAAAAACAGAUGAUACAGAGGCCGCAAAUAAGGUUAAUAAAAUUACUAAACAGGAAUCGGUCUGCAGUGAGAAUACAAAUGACCAAGUAAGGCAAAAUAACUGCUCCAAACUGCUAGAGACCACAUCAGAUGAAGUUGUUGCUCCAUCACCACAGUCCAAGCAGCCAAAAUCAAACCAGUCUCGCUACCACUCAUCAACAGCCAAUGUGCUCUCAAGCAGCAACCUCAGAGACGAUACAAAGCUGCUUCUAGAGCAGAUUUCUGCUAAUAGCCAAAGCAGGAACGAGGCUACCAAAGAGUCUCCUGUCACUGAUGAUGAGAAAGAAGACAAAGCUGACAAAAAUGCCGAAAGGGAGAAAGAAAGAGGGAUCAAGUCACUCAGCAGAGGACAGCCUAAGUCUAAUCAGGAGCGUGAGAAGCUGCUGGAGAGGAUUCAAAGCAUGAGGAAGGAGAGGAAAGUUUACAGUCGAUUUGAGGCAUGAAUACAAUAACACCGUUGCCACUAUUAUCUAUUUAAAUGCAUGUUUGAUUGCCCCUGUAGUAAAUCAUUUUAUGUCUGUAACUUUCACACAUGGCACCUUAAAUGGGAUCCAAAGAAAGUUGAGAGAAUAAUCAGUGCAUACAUUAUGUGUAAAAAUAAGCAAAAUCAAAUAAAAAGCUGAAAUGAUGACCAAAAAAAUUUCUCACCAAAGACAUUUAAUAGAAAUGGGAUUUCACUGUGGGUUCUCUGCAAACGAGGCAUAUUAUGCAAAGAAGAGGCAGGGUACCUGUAUCAGUGGCACUGAACUUUAAAGGGUAAAACUACCAGUAAUACAAACCUGAUGUUCAAAUUACAUGUGCCACAACCUACAAUGGACUUCUUACUGUGGGUGAAUCAUCAAGUUGCUACAAGUGUGAGACUAGAUGUGUGUAAUCAAAUAUUUUUUUAUUGACUGCAUGGGUUAAGUGCAAUGUUUGCAACAGGCUGUUUCUGUGAUGAGGUCUGUCCUUGCCUUUUUUUCCGGCACUGACAGCUAUUACAUUAAUGUUAAAAAAUGUGAUGUUAAAGUGUAAUUGAUUAUCUAAAGUUGUCUGAGUCUGUAAAACUGUAAUAUACUGUAGUUUAUAUUGUAGUAUUUCACAAUCACGUUAAACAAAGAUGUUGAUAAUUACAUGCUUGUGAAUCAAGUCGAUAUAUAAAUUCAUAUCCAUGCACACUGUUAUUGUUCUGGUGUAAAUAAAUUGUAACUUCUAAUUCUUUGUAAUCUGAAUUAAACAUUCAAGUGAAAAAUGAUGAACAAACCUGAGAUUGAAACAGAAUUGCAUCUUAAACAUGAUGUACCUACAAUAUUAUUGUGUAAAUCAUUGCACACCAUACAGUAUGUAAUGUUUUUUGUUUCUUUUGUCUAUUGAACAUUAACCAGUGAGGUUAAAUGUCAAUUUUCCAAGAUGUACCUGGUUGCCUUAAAAGGUCAGUUCACCCAAGUUCCCCUAAUUAUUUUUAUUUAGAUGAUUUGUGAAACAAACAAACAAAUGUAAGGAAACAUAUGUUGCUUUUUUAAGUGUUUAAAUGUAUUUUUUGGCCAUGUAAAGCCAAAGCUACCUGUAUGGCUGGAUUCCACUAGGGGUAAGUGACAAAAUAGAAUUAUCUUUUGUAAUUAGCUGAAAGCAACCCUGUAAUUCUCUCUGAAAAUGUGCCUUUUUUAAAUAAAAACUUAAUGUCAUACCUGUACAUUGAAACAAAAAAUUCUGAAACUGUAAAGAACUUACAUAACAGUAUGUAGAAUUGUGCUCUGAAAGUUAUACUUUUUAUAAUUGAUUUAUGCCAUAUGUAAAUAAAAUUUCUCACAAAUGUG